UCUUUCCUUUGUUGUCGCCGUGAAUCCUUUUCGAUUCUUAAAUGCAUCAUAUCUUCUUCAAUUCAAAUGCAUUUUCAGGUUUCGAUUCCCAGGCAAUUUUUCAGGUUCGCAUUUCUGCCCUAACUCGAUUUAAGAAGUUGCAAUCGUUAUUUGUCAUCUUCUGAUCUGCUGAAAUCUCACCCGGAAAACCCUAGUUCCUCCAUGCAAAAUUUUUUUUUAUGUUUACAGGGUUUCAUCGCUAGGUACGCUUCGUUGACUGUUAGUUCGUAGAUGAGCUUGUAAUCCAGGCCUGUUAGAUCGCAGAUGGGCACGUAUUACAGUCCUGUUAGGGUAAUUGCCAUAGCUUCGAACGUCCAUGGGUGCCUUAACCAUCAAUCGUAGUCAUGGCGAUAGUUUGUUCAGCUUGAGUCAUGCUUGCUCGCCUUUUAACUCUAAGAAUUCCGACUUUCGACCAGAUCUUCACACCUCAAAGAAACCCAGAAUUUCGCCUAUGUAUAUCAGUACAGAGCGGGAGUUAUGUUCGCUGAAUAUAGCCUCUAGAAUCUCUCGGUACCCUAAGGAGAUUCCACCUUUGCGUAGAGAAGUUCACGGUCCUUGUCGGAAACCCAGGUUUGGUCGUCCAGCCAAUUUGAUCAGAGAAUUCCUGCCUAGUCGAGUUAGCAACAAUCAAGAGUGGAUUGGUGUGAUGGGGAAUUGUCUAGCUCGCCGAUACGAUGAAGCAAAAACUUCUGCAUCUGAUGCUUCACAGCACUUGAGACGGGACAAGGCACCAGUGAUUAAUGUGGAGGCGGAGUGCUCCAAGGAAGUAAUUUCUGAUGACUCGAGCAUAGAAGAAAUUGAAGUAUUGGAUGAUGGGCGAGAAGGCCGCUCUGUAAUUUCGGACUGGCGGUCUCAUGAGACCAAUGCUGAUGUCCUUCUUCGGCAGGCCCAUGUAAAGUUGCCUACUCAUGGUCGGCAACUGUCUUCUUCCGCGGUGUCUGAGCUGACUAAGGUGGACGAAGCAGGGAAGAUGAUGGCGUCUCUGUCUGUCAGUCGUGAAGCGGAGGAGCUUGGCAUGCCUCCUCACAAAAAAUUGCACGAGUCUGCAGAGAGACGGAAUUGCAAAUUGGGCAUGUUGAAUUCUCAGAUCGAUUUUCAUCAGUUAAAGUGGUCACGCUUCCCGAAGCGCCAGGAUGUACGAGUACCUCGAGAACCUUUUGUUCCUCUUACGCAUGAGGAAGAGAUUGAAGUCUCUCAUGCUUUAUCAGGUUCUAAUAGGUGGAAGGUCUUGGUUACACAUGAAAAUUCUAAUAUCGAAAUUACAGGAGAAAUCUUGCAGUGCUUGAGCCUGGGUGCUUGGCUGAAUGAUGAGGUCAUAAAUGUCUAUAUUGAACUACUGAAGGAGAGGGAACAAAGAGAACCAACCAAAUUUUUGAAGUGCCAUUUUUUCAACACAUUCUUCUAUAAGAAGUUGACUGGUGGGAGAGGUGGCUAUGACUUCAAACCUGUGAGGAGAUGGACUACCAUGAAGAAGAUAGGGUACGGCCUUGUUGAGUGUGACAAAAUAUUUGUUCCUAUCCACAAAGAGAUACACUGGUGCUUGGCUGUUAUCAACAAGAAGGAUGAAAAAUUCCAGUAUCUUGAUUCACUGAAAGGCAUGGAUUUCCAAGUGCUAAAAAUACUGGUAUUUUGUGGAUGA